CAGGGCUCCGCCCUCGCAUCAGCCUGCGCCGGGCCGCGGUCAGUUUGGCGGCGGCGGCGUCCAGAGGUCGUGGAGCUGCGAGUGGCGACCGGUGCGCUGGGGCUGGCCUGAGGCCGGGCGGCGGAACCUUCGCCAUGCCUGGGAUGGUGCUCUUCGGCCGGCGCUGGGCCAUCGCCAGCGACGACUUGGUCUUCCCAGGGUUGUUCGAGCUGUUCGUGCGAGUGCUGUGGUGGAUUGGCAUUCUGACUUUGUAUUUCAUGCACAGAGGGAAGCUGGACUGUGCUGGUGGGGCCCUGCUCAGCAGUUACUUGAUCGUUCUCAUUAUUCUCCUGGCAGUUAUUAUAUGUACUGUGUUAGCCAUUGUGUAUGUCAGCAUGAAAGGAACCAUUUGUAACCCUGGACCCCGGAAGUCUAUGACUAAGCUGCUUUACAUCCGCCUGGCGCUCUUUUUGCCAGAGAUGGUCUGGGCUUCUCUGGGGGCUGCCUGGAUAGCACACAGUAUUCAGUGCGACAAGAUAGUUGUGAAUGGCAUCAUUGCAACCGUCAUUGUCAGUUGGAUCAUCAUCGUCGCCACUGUGGUUACCAUUAUCAUUGUCUUUGACCCACUGGGGGGGAAAGUGGCUUCAUAUUCCUGUGCUGGUCCCAGUCACCUGGAUAGUCAUGAUUCAAGCCAGUUAUUUAAUGGCCUCAAGACAGCAGCUACAAGCGUGUGGGAAACCAGAAUCAAGUUCUUGUGCUGUUGCAUUGGGAAAGACGACCAUACUCGAGUUGCUUUUUCGAGUACGGCAGAGCUUUUCUCAACCUACUUUUCAGACACAGAUCUGGUACCCAGCGACAUCGCAGCGGGUCUUGCCCUUCUCCAUCAGCAACAGGACAAUAUCGGGAGUAACCAGGAGCCUGACGAGGUGAUCAGCCACUCCCCAGGGCCCUCCCAGGAAGCUGAUUUGGAUGCAGAAUUAGAAAAUUGCCAUCAUUAUAUGCAGUUUGCAGCAGCUGCCUAUGGGUGGCCACUCUACAUUUAUAGAAACCCAUUUACAGGGCUGUGCAGGAUUGGUGGUGACUGUUGCAGAAGCAGAACAACAGAAUAUGACUUGGUCGGAGGUGAUCAGCUCAACUGUCAUUUUGGCUCUAUCCUGCAGACAACAGGGCUACAGUACAGGGAUUUUAUUCACAUAAGCUUUCAUGACAAGGUAUAUGAGCUGCCAUUUUUAGUGGCUCUGGAUCACAGGAAAGAGUCUGUUGUGGUAGCCGUGAGAGGGACCAUGUCUCUGCAGGACAUCCUUACUGAUCUGUCAGCGGAGAGUGAGGUGCUCAACUUAGAGUGUGAGGUGCAAGACUGUUUGGCACACAAGGGGAUUUCUCAGGCAGCCAGAUACGUUUACCGACGACUUAUCAACGAUGGGAUUUUGAGCCAAGCCUUCAGCAUCGCUCCUGAAUACCAGCUUGUCAUCGUGGGGCACAGCCUGGGGGCCGGAGCUGCCGCACUGUUAGCCAUCAUGCUCAAAGCCGCAUACCCCCAAGUCAGGGGCUAUGCCUUCUCCCCACCCCGGGGGUUGUUAAGCAAAUCUCUUUGUGAAUACUCUAAGAACUUCAUUGUGUCACUUGUUCUAGGAAUGGAUGUGAUUCCCAGGUUAAGUGUGACCAACUUAGAAGAUUUGAAGAAAAGAAUCCUGCGAGUGAUUGCUCACUGUAAUAAACCCAAGUACAAGAUCUUGCUGCAGGGGUGCUGGUAUGAACUGUUCGGGGGGAACCCCGACAACUUUCCGACUGAGCUGGAUGGGGGCGACCAGGGAGACCUGACGCAGCCCCUUCUCGGGGAGCAGAGUCUGCUGACACGCUGGUCCCCAGCCUACAGCUUCUCCAGUGACUCCCCCCUGGACUCUCCACCCAAGUACCCUCCUUUGUAUCCCCCCGGCAGGAUCAUCCACCUGGAGGAAGAGGGGACCUCAGGGAGGUUUGGCUGCUGUUCUGCUGCUCAGUAUACUGCAAAGUGGUCACACGAAGCGGAAUUCAGCAAAAUACUCAUAGGCCCAAAGAUGCUCACAGACCACAUGCCGGACAUCCUGAUGAGAGCCUUGGACAGUGUGGUCUCCGACAGAGCGGCCUGUGUCUCCUGUCCAGCACAAGGGCUCGCUACUGUGGAUGUGGCAUAACCGGGGCUACUAGCAACUGUCCCAGGAACAAUGGACUCCAACUUUUGUUCUUAAACUGACUUACCGUCUGAGUGAUUCCUGUGACGCCGAUAUCGCAGACAUUGUCAACAGGAAUCGGAGGGGCACUGAACUUGAUGGGCUUCUAAAUGAUUGAACAAUUUGUGGGAAAUAAUUUUGGUCACAUUAACAGAGUCAGGAGAGCUCGUUGAGGCAACGGGACUCCUGAGAACUCCUGAGCCUAACAGUGAACGGAGACAGCCUCGGGAGGCCCUGCUCCCCUGGCUAUCUGAGACCUGCCCUGGAAGGGCAGGAAUCCCACAGCACCGGCAAUCCUUCUCACUGACCUUGGCUUAGAGGUGCGCAGUUUAUUCAAACUGAGUCUUCCUGGCUAUGUGAAAAACUGUCAUGAGGGUGCAGCCUGGAGUUUUCUCCUGGGUGGCUCUAAGCACAGCCCUGAACUCUGGGAACGAAGACAAAACCUGGUUGGGGAACUGAGUGGAGAUCAUGGCUCCUGCCCUGUCCUGAGCCCCAGCACUCCAGCUCGUUUACAUUUGUCAACAUCGAGUUAAUUAAUUCUCGUGUACUAUUCUGGCUCUGAGGGUGGCCAGUGGAUUCAGAGGGAGUUAAAAAAUAAAGCACAUGUCCUCACAGUG